AGAGACAUGUAUGAGUAUGAGAAUCGCAUAAAAACCUUCACAGAUUGGCCUUUUAUGGAGAAUUGCAAAUGUACCCCUGAGCAUAUGGCCAGGGCUGGCUUUAUCCACUGUCCAAGUGCAAAUGAACCUGAUGUGGCAAAGUGUUUCUUCUGCCUGAUAGAGCUGGAGGGCUGGGAGCCAAAUGAUGAUCCACAGGUAGAGCACUCCAAACGUCCUAGCAACUGUGGGUUUUUAUCCCUUACUAAGAACUUUGAUGAUCUGACAAUGGAGGAAUACUACAUGCUGGAGAUGGACCGGUUGAGGACUUUUCUUUGCAAAACCGGCAGAAGCACAAUGAAGUCCUUUGAAGAAGAAGUUGAUGCAACCAGAAAACGUCUCAUUGAUCACUUUGUCAGCAAACAUCAGUACACUCCAGAGCCAAAGAUGCCAGUAUCAGAGUCUCCCUCAACAUGCUGA